CCCUCCAGGUGCUCCCAGACCCCCUCCCAGUGCUCCCAGCGCCCCUCCCAGUUCUCCCAGUUCUCCCAGUUCUCCCAGUCCCCCUCCCAGUCACCCUCCCCACGUGCGGUGA